GGCGUCCCGUUUCAGCUCCUUCGCUUUAGUCACAAUGCUGCGAAGAGGCUGAAAGGGUGGGGAGGGGGUGCUGGCACUGAGGGGGCAUUUAAGAGAGCAGUAGGUGGGAGUGGAGUCUGACUGCACAGGGUCUCCUGCUGAAGGGCUUUCAGUCAGUCGCUCUCACGUCCGCCGGCGCUCUGAGACAGCGAGGAGAUGAACGUCUGCAGGAUUAGCUGCUGAGACUGUCUUCCAGCUCGCUUCAGCCCACGCUCAUCCUCGUCUGGAGGAUCGGUUGACUAUUCCACUCGGUUGUGACCUUCUCUGAGGCUGCAGUGCUACACGUGCCCAUGGAGAUGAGAGGAUUCCUCUUGCGCUGCUUUACUGCAGCCUUACUAAGUCAAAUAUCUACUUGUGGCUUGAUCAAGAAGGUGAUUCGCCACCAAAGGGAGGCCCUAAUGCCCAAGAACACCCAGGAAAAUCUCACGCUUCCCCAUCCUGACCAGCCAGUAGUGUUCAACCAUGUCUACAACAUCAAUGUCCCAUCUGCUCCACUCUGCUCCGUGGACCUGGACUCGCCUGGAGGAUCCAGUCCGAAGACUGCUGGCAUGGAGGUGCAGAACAGUGAUCAAAUGGAGCACACGCUGGAUGGCGACAACCAGAUUGUCUUCACCCACCGCAUCAGCAUCCCCAAACAAGCUUGUGGCUGCAACAACCAGCUACCAGACAUGAAGGAGAUCCUGAGCCGGCUAGAAAUGUUGGAGUCCGAGCUGUCCAGCCUGAGGGAGCAGUGCAGCAGCGGAGCGGGCUGCUGUGGAGCUCAAGUUACAGGUGAGCUGUCUACAAAGCCAUACUGUAACGGGCGUGGAAAUUGGAGCACGGAUAGCUGCAGCUGCACCUGUGAACCUGGAUGGAAGGGCCCCAACUGCACAGAGCCAGAGUGCCCCAACGACUGCCAGGAUCAGGGUCGCUGUGUCGAUGGCCAGUGUGAGUGCUUCGAGGGUUUCACCGGUGACGACUGCAGCAUCGAGAUGUGCCUGAUGGACUGUGGUGACUAUGGCCACUGCGUGGAGGGGUCCUGUCUUUGCGAGGAGGGCUUCAUUGGUGAAGACUGCUCCCAGACUAACUGCCUCCACAACUGCCUUGGCCGUGGGCGCUGCGUGGAGGACGAAUGCAUCUGUGACCAUCCGUGGACAGGAUUCGAUUGCUCUGAGCUCAUCUGUCCCAACGACUGCUAUGACCGAGGGCAAUGCAUCAAUGGGACUUGCUACUGUGAAGAGGGCUACACUGGAGAGGACUGCGGACAGCUCACCUGUCCUGCUAACUGCAACGAUCGUGGUACCUGUGUGGAUGGCCAAUGUGUUUGUCAGACGGGCUACAGCGGGGAGGACUGCUCAAAGCUCACCUGCCCUAAGAACUGCCACGAGAGAGGCCACUGCUUCAAUGGAAAAUGUAUCUGUGAUCCUGGGUUUGAGGGGGGGGACUGCUCCAUCCUCUCCUGUCCUGACAAUUGCAGCAACAAUGGCCAGUGUAUUAAUGGGGAAUGCAUAUGUGACAUUGGAUACCAGGGUGAAGACUGCAGCGAGCUGUCCUGCCCCAACAACUGCCAAGAAAGAGGACGGUGCAUCAACGGGGAGUGCAUAUGUGAAAAAGGCUACGCAGGGGAGGACUGCAGCACCAAGACCUGUCCCAGAGACUGCAUGGGCAGGGGAGACUGUGUGGAUGGGAAGUGUGUGUGUCUUGUGGGCUUCACAGGCAAAGACUGCAGUGAGCUCACCUGUCCCAACAACUGCCAGGACCAAGGUCAGUGUGUAAAUGGACAGUGUGUUUGCCAGCAGGGUUUCACUGGUGAGGACUGCAGUGAGAAGACGUGCCCCAGCAACUGUCUGGACAGAGGCUACUGCGUCGAUGGCAGCUGUGUCUGCUACGAGGGCUUCACCGGGCCGGACUGUUCUGUGCUGACCUGCCCAGGAGACUGCCAGAACCAGGGGAGCUGUGACAAUGGAGUUUGUGUUUGUCAUGAGGGCUUCAUUGGAGAGGACUGUUCCGAUGUCUCUCCACCCAAGGACUUGACAGUGGUGGAGGUCACUCCAGAAACAGUUGAUCUCUCCUGGGAGAACGAUAUGCAUGUUACAGAGUACCUCAUCACCUAUAUACCCACGGCUCCUGGAGGUCUUGAGCUGGACAUGCGGGUGGCUGGGGACCAGAAGGAGGCCACUAUUCGGGAGUUGGAGCCUGGUGUGGAGUACCUGAUCAGUGUCUAUGCUGUACUCAGCAACAAGAGGAGUGUCCCUGUCAGUGCUAGGGUGGCUACACAUCUUCCUGAGCCUGAGGGUCUGAAGUUCAAGUCAGUGAGGGAAACAUCUGUGGAGGUGCAGUGGGACCCUCUGGAUAUUCCUUUUGAUGGCUGGAAUCUCAUCUUCAGGAAUACAAAAGAAGAGGAUGGUGAGAUUCUGAACUCUCUUGGUCGCCCGGAGACCGUCUUUGAGCAGUCCGGCCUGGGUCCAGGACAGGAAUACGAGGUCAAACUAGAGGUGGUGAAGAACAGCAAGCGUGGACCUCCAGCCUCCAAAAGCGUUGUCACAAUGAUUGAUGCCCCCCGCCACAUGGAUGUCCGUGAUGUGACCGACAACACUGCGUUGGUCACCUGGUUCCACCCUGUGGCAGACGUGGACGGGAUCAGCAUUUCCUAUGGGCCGAGCUCGGAUCCUGCCAAUCGCAGGGCUGUAGAGCUCCCCCCCACUGACACUCAGUUCCAUCUCGGGGGCCUCACUGCUGACACCCAAUAUGAUGUGUCCCUGAAAGCAAAGAAAGGUGAUCAGACCAGCAGCCCCGCCCACAGUUCCUUCCUCACAGACCUGGACCCCCCCAGGAACUUGAAGACAGUGGAGCUGACCGAUGAGAGCAUCACUCUAGAGUGGGAAAACAGCCGAGCUCAGGUGGACAACUAUCGCAUCAAGUACGGACCUCUGUCCGGAGGCGAGCACAGAGAACUGCUCUUCCCUCCCGGAUUCAAACACUCCACCCAGGCCAAAAUCUCUGGCCUGAGACCGGGAACAGAGUAUGGGAUGGGCGUGACAGCAGUGAGAGCAGAGCGGGAGAGUUUACCCACAACCACCAACGCAGUGACAGCUCUGGAUGCUCCAAAAGACCUGACUGUGGCCCAGGUGACCGAGACCUCCAUGAUGCUGCUGUGGAAGCGUCCUCUGGCCAAACUGGACUCCUACAGGCUGGUCUACGUGUCAGCAGAGGGUCACCAGAUGGAGGAAGCGCUGCCGGCCAGCUCUGAAUCUCACACCUUGAAGGGGUUGAUCCCCGGCAUGUUGUACACCGUCAGCAUCAGCGCAGAGAGGGGCCACAGAACCAGCGCACCUGCUACUGCCUCAGCACCCACAGAAGAGCAGAUGCCAGAAGUGACCAAUGUCACGAUCAGUGACGUCUCGUGGGAGAGCUUCAUCCUGUCUUGGUCUGUAGAGGACGGGUCCCUCGAUGCCUUUGUGAUUGAUGUGAUUGAUGCAGAAGCAGGAACUGGGUGGCAAAACCACAGCGUACCUGCCGAUGCUCGCAGCCUCGCCAUCUCCGGCCUCUUCCCCAGCACCUGGUACAGAGUCAGUCUGUACGGGGUGUACAUGGGGGGGCUUCUAGAGCCUACUUUCGCAGACACUAUUACAGAGACUGAACCGAAGGUGCACGGGCUAAUAGUCCGUCACAUCACCCCCCAAACCUUUACUCUGGUCUGGACAGCUGAAGAGGACGCCUUUGACACCUUUGUGAUCAUGGUUAGUCCAGCAGAGAGCCCAGGCCUGCCAAGGGAGCUGGUGCUGGGCGGGGAUGAAAGAAGCGCCGCUUUGAUGGACUUCAAUGAAGACACAGAGUACAAAGUAGAAAUGUUUGGGCUUGUUUUGGGAAAGCGGUCCCAGUCAGUGAUGGAGAGGGUAAGAACAGAACUGGGCCCACCUAAAGCCAUCCGCUUCUCUGAAGUGACUGACACAUCGGCCACGGUUCACUGGAUGACUCCGGGGGCUCCGGUGGACAGCUAUUUGGUGGCCUAUGUCCCUGCCCAUGGAGGAAAUGGCAGGACUCUGACAGUGGACGGCUCCGAGUCUCACACAGUGCUGCCCAACCUAACUCCAGGGGUCACUUAUGAGGUCACAAUUGUUGCUGUCAAGAGUGAAAGAGAGAGCAAACCUGGAUCUGAAAGCGUCACCACAGCUCUGGAUAAGCCUCGCGGGCUGACUGCAGUCAACAUCACUGACUCUGAGGCUUUGCUGCUCUGGCAACCAGCCAUCGCUACCGUGGAUGGUUACGUCAUUUCCUACAGUGCAGACUCUGGGGCUCCUGUAAUGAUGCGUGUAUCUGGGAACGUGGUGGAGUUUGAAAUGAGCUCGCUGACACCAGCGACUCACUACACUGUGAAGGUGUACGCCGUGAGGGAUUUAGCCAAGAGUGCUGCUACAACAACAGAGUUCACAACAGAUGUAGAUGCGCCCCAGGACCUGACUGCCAGUAACAUCCAGACAGAAAGUGCUUUGCUUACCUGGAAACCUCCUCGAGCCAACAUCAGUGCCUACAUCCUCAGCUUUGAGGCUGUGGACGGAGCUGUGCGGGAGGUGGUCCUCAGCCCCGCUGCGGUGUCCUACAACAUGGUCCAACUCAGCGCCUCCACGGAAUACUCUGUCAGGUUGCAGGCCCAAGCUGGUCCCAAGAAGAGCGGUGUCGUCACCACUGUCCUCACCACCACUGGGGUACUGUACAGACACCCCCGAGACUGUUCACAGGCUCUGCUGAACGGAGACGCCACAUCCGGCCUGCACACCGUCUACGUGGGCGGAGAUGAGAAGCAGCCGCUGCAGGUCUACUGUGACAUGAGCACAGAUGGAGGCGGCUGGAUCGUUUUCCUGCGGCGGAAAAGUGGAAAAGUUGAAUUUUUCCGCAACUGGAAGAACUACACAGGUGGCUUUGGAGACAUGAACGACGAAUUCUGGCUCGGUCUGUCCAACCUCCACAAGAUCACCGCUGGGGGGCAGUACGAGCUGCGAGUUGACCUUAAAGAUAAAGGAGAGACAGCAUACGCUCAGUAUGAAAAAUUCUCUGUGUCUGAACCGCGAAGCCGAUACAAAGUGCAUGUGGGAGGAUACAGUGGGACAGCAGGGGACUCUAUGACUUACCAUCACGGCCGACCGUUCUCCACCUACGACCAUGACAACGACAUCGCUGUCACCAACUGUGCUCUGUCCUACAAGGGAGCCUUCUGGUACAAGAACUGUCACCGAGUCAACCUGAUGGGCCGAUAUGGAGAUAACAACCACAGCAAGGGAGUGAACUGGUUCCACUGGAAAGGCCAUGAGCACUCCAUUGAGUUUGCAGAGAUGAAGAUCAGACCGUCAAACUUCAGAAACCUGGAAGGAAGAAGAAAGAGAUCAUAAAUCAUUUGAAAAAAGUCCCCACCAACCAGAUCAGCAGCAUUGUUCCAAGGCUGUCGCAUCGGCUUCAACCACUGUACAUCAACCACUCCCCUGUCAUGGUAAGGCGUGCUCAUGCCGCCAAAGCUGCAGCACGUCACGGACACCCGAAAGGGGGUCCCUGCUGACCCACUCUUUGGAAGCAGGAAGGUGUGAGUGCAACUUUGGCAACAUGUACAGCCGCUGAUCCACAGCUUCCUAAUGGAAUGGAGUUUAGGAUCAGGAGGCAAAAAAACUGUUAUUUUCCUUCAGUUGCUGUUCCUCAUACAAAACUGGGUUUUUGAACUUGUUAGCUGCCCCCCCACGUAAUUUUGUAUCAGCCACAGUUUGGUGUUUUAAAGUGAAAUAAAUGUCCUGAUUGAAUUUUUAAUGUUUCAUCUUUAAAUGUGAAUAAAGUUAAUCAUUGUGAAACAGAACAUUUUGGAAAAAAAUGAAGAGCAGUUUGUUUUAAAUGAUCUGUUCAUAGAUAAGCCCCCCCCCCCACCCCCAGUAUGAUGCUAAAUCACUGACCUGCAGAAAAAGCCUGUGUAUUGGAUGUUGGUUGUAUUGUCUCAAGCGGGGUGAUGUCUCUGUAAACUGUAAGACAAUAAAAGGUUUUGUUAAAUAA